CCUCUCUUUCUCUCUCUCUCAUAUUCAUUUUCAUUCCCUGUUCUUUGUUUUGUUUCUUCUUUUUUCCUCUUCCAUCAUUAGGAGGGGGUGUCUGCUAUGGAAGGGACUACACUGGACGAAUUGGUUGAGAGGCUAUUGGAAGGGAGGAAGACAAAAGGAAAACGUAUUCAGCUCAACGAAUCUGAGAUCCGUCAGCUUUGUGUUACCGCCAAGGAGAUAUUCAUGCGCCAACCCAAUCUCUUGGAGUUGGAAGCCCCCAUGAACGUCUGUGGUGACAUACAUGGACAGUUCUCUGACCUCAUACGCUUGUUUGAGUACGGAGGAUUCCCCCCAGAAUCCAAUUACUUGUUCCUUGGGGACUAUGUAGAUAGAGGGAAACAGAGCAUCGAGAGCAUAUGUCUACUCCUUGCUUACAAGAUCAAGUACCCAGACAACUUCUUCCUCCUUCGAGGAAAUCAUGAAUGUGCCUCCAUCAACAGAAUCUAUGGAUUCUAUGAUGAAUGUAAGCGCCGGUUCAGCGUUCGACUUUGGAGGGUCUUCACAGACUGUUUCAACUGUUUACCAGUUUCAGCCAUCAUUGAUGACAAGAUCUUAUGCAUGCAUGGCGGGCUGUCCCCAGAAAUGGAGAGCUUGGAUCAGAUAAGAGCAAUUGAGAGGCCAAUCGACGUGCCAGAUGCUGGCCUGUUGUGUGAUCUACUUUGGGCGGAUCCUGACAAAGAAAUAAAAGGAUGGGGUGAGAACGACAGAGGAGUUUCCUUUACUUUUGGUGCAGACAAAGUGACUGAGUUCUUGAAGAAGCAUGACCUUGAUCUAGUUUGCCGAGCACAUCAGGUUGUUGAAGAUGGGUACGAGUUCUUUGCAGAGCGGCAACUGGUUACGAUAUUCUCAGCCCCAAACUAUUGUGGAGAAUUCAACAAUGCAGGUGCACUGAUGAGUGUGGACGCAAGUCUGUUAUGCUCUUUUCAGAUCCUCAAACCCUGGAGGGGCAAAACAGUUUAGCCAGAAAAGAUUCCAACCAAUGGUGGAUAAGGGAAAGACAAUAUUUGAUAAAGCAAGAGAAAAGAAACAUGGUGGAUCAAGCAUAUACUUAAACUUCUGUGGCUAAUGUUUAUGCUAAUUGCAAUUUGAGAGGCAGAACUGUUUCUCGCUGCCGAUUUCCACAAUGAAAGCACUUUCUGUUUGCUUUGUAGUAGAUCAUCCAGAUGGUAAUUUAGGAGUUGCCAAGCUCAAGGUGAUGUAUAUAAUUCCUCCCAGAUAAAGAAAGCUUAAAAAUCUAAGCUGGAGUAUAAGUUGUGUAGGUGUUUUCUACCAAUAAGAAGAGCCAUUUAAUUGAAUUGAGAGUUUACAAGAGA